AGAAGCGCCUAGCGCGCCGUUUUUUGGCUUGUCAACUGAAACCACGCAACAAUUUUCACUUUACUAAUCUUGAUAAAUGUUUAAUACUGAUCUAAUGUAUUGUGCAAAAGAUUAUGGCCAUCGAUGCGCCGCUUGGAGUUAAGUGAUAUCGUUUAGCAGUGGAACUUGGAACACUUAUAAAAUACUUUUUCCCACCGUUGUGUGCCGCGAACUUCUAACAUGCCUCUGUUAAAAAGAAAAGCCUUUGAGAAAGCAUCGGUGUCGGAGUACCUAAGGGACGACGAUGAGGUCUUCCACUGCGAGAUCACCGACGAGAUAUUCAAAGAUUACGAGGAGUACUGUGAGAGGAUUAUUCUGGUCAACUCCAUGGUGUGGACAUGUGAGAUGACGGGGAAGAAUAACCUAACAUACGCCGAAGCCUUGGAGAGUGAGAAAGCAGCCCGGAGGUCACUCAAAGACUUUCCUAUGGAGCUGCGAAUACCAAUAUUGUACCUAGCAACAAAGACCAAGAGAUGUUCGUUUGCAGAGAUGUCUGAGGAUGUGUUCAACUUUGUGAGGGAGAGGUUCUUUGUUGGGGAGACAGUGGAGGCCUGCCUGGAGGGAGACAUCUGGUGUGAGGCACAUGUACUCUCUGUUACUGCGCAGAAGAGGCACCCUGAUAACAAAGCCAUGCUUCCAGCAUCAGCAUACUGCUAUGAGGUAGAGCAGUUUGCAGACGACCCAGCAGAACAAGGCCAGAUGGGCACUGCACCAUAUGACCGUGUGAGAAGGCGUAAGGGCAUCUACACUCGAGACAAGAACAGACUGUUUCUGAAGCAGUUUGUUGCACCAGGAAAUGUGAUUGGUAUUAAGAAAUCAGCAUUAGAAAAGUACAACAUAGCCAAAGUGAACUUUGACCAGAUAUUCACGGGAAGCCCACCCGAGUUCCCGUCAUCAAAGAAGCUGAUCAAAUCCAGUAUGUCACCUCCUAAGUCAAGGUUGUCAGGGAAACCAGGCUCUGCUACCAAACUGAACAAGGGGCAGGUGUCUAUGGAUAAGUUUGUCAAGAAAACAGAUAAGACCGAAGCCAAACCCAAAGCACCAAUCGAUCCAGAAGCCAGAAAGACUCAGCAAGAGCUGGCAGACAAGAUGCGCAAAGCAGAAGAACUGCUGCGACAGCGCAAAGAAGAAGAGAAGUUGAAGAAGAAGGAGAAGAAUGCAAGAGUGAUGGCGUUCAUGAAGGAGUGGCAGAAGGUCAAAGACGACCAGGAGUUGGAAGACCAUAAGGUGUUACCAAAAGGCACAGUAGUAGAAAUGGAAGGAAUAUCCCACAAGCAUUUCGGCGACUUCCUCUCCGUCCUGGAAUUCGUUCAGAACUUCUCGGAACUCCUCAAAGUCAAGGAUGUGUUCCACAAUGAGCUGGACUUGGAGACGUUCAGGAAGGCUCUGACGGCUAAGGAGCAUGCGUGGAUGUUUAGUGAGCUGGUACAGAUGUUUCUGGCUACGAUAUUUUCCCUGCAAGAGGAUGAAGCUGAAGAGUAUAAUGAGAAGAAAGGGAUUCAGGAGUCUGUUGAGAACGAACAAAUAGAAGGCCCAGCGAGUACAAUGCACGCGAUAGAAUUAGCUACAAAGGCUGGGAAAUGGGCACAGACCUACCUCGGCACAUCACUCAGCAAACUACCACUCGAUCCAACUACAGUCAGCGAAGUCUUACGUCUUCACCUCUUAUCGUCGGGCGGCGCGGCGGGCGCUCGCUGCGCCGCGUGGAGACAUCACCAGCGAGGUGGUUACUCGAGCGCUGAUGAUCCCGCCUUGCGUCUCCGGGCCACAACUCCUGGCGUGUUGAGACGGCUCAGGUCACAUCACCUCGCUGACUUGCCUAUGGAUGAUAAAUUCAUUAUACUGCAGUGCCUUAUGAACCAAAUAUUAAGUUACGCAACAGUCCGCGACCAAGUGGAGGAAAAAAUAGAGGAGUACAAAAACUUAAAGCAGGCUUUAAGAACAUUACAAAUAAGUGAACGUAAACGCGAGCCACAGCUGUCGGCCGCUCGCGUUGAGCUCAGGAAGGAAACUGCUCAAAAGAAAGAGGAGCUGAAGUUAACUGGCGACAAAGCCAAGCAAGCCGAUGAACAGCUAACUGUAGCCAUAGAGAAGCUAAAGAAGGACAGCGAGGUGAAGAAACUGGAGUAUGAGAAGAAGUUGAAAGAGCUGCAGGCUCAGCUCUUUGACUAUACUACUUAUGUUGGAUCUGACCGCGCGUUCCGUCGCUACUGGAUCAGCAAGCGCGUGGCGGGUCUGUUCGUAGAAGCGGGCGUGGAGCCGCGCGGGCCGUGCCGCCACAAGCCGCUGCCCCCGCCGCCCGCGCCCACCGAUGACGUCAUGGCUUACGUCACCGAGCUCUACCACACGGAGAAAGAACAAGCUGGAAGCGAUAAAGAAAACGAAUCGGCGGCCAAUUCUCGCAGCGGUCCGCCUAAGAAACCUCUAACGAACCUGAACGGUCUCACACACAAGCUGAACGGCGUGGACUCCAGUACGCAGCACUGCCGCGACCUAUUGCUCUGUACUGCCGAUGUCAAUACAUGCUAUGUUCACGGGAAGCAGGGUGAUUACAGACCCCAGUGGUGGGUGUACCACACAGAGGAGCAGAUCGAGGCGCUCAUAGAGGCGCUGAACAAAAGGGGGCUAAGAGAAAGUGAGCUACGACAAAACCUGGAGCUGGAGCGAGGGAACAUAGUGGAGCAUGUCAAGAAGUGUCCACUGCAGUACCUCACUCCCACAGCGGCGCUACCACAACCCCACAUAGCGCCGACAACGCGACGAAGAAUACAACCAUCGCUACGCGUCCCUCCGGAUUGUUCUUUGUCAGAAGCUCUAGAACUUUCUCUACGGGACCACAUACUAGAGUUAGAGGAGAAAAUCUUUCACGGGUGUCUGGGUGCGCUUAAGGUUAAGGACCGCGAAGCGUGGCGAGGUACGAUAAUGUUGCGCGGGUACGACAAGCAAGCGGACUAUUUGAGUUGGGGACCUUCCAAACAGUUCAGGGAUGAUUACCACCAACCAGACGGCCAAUUGCGGCUACCACAUGACAUAGACAAAUCAGAGAAAGAAACAGUAGCCGAGAACAAAUACCGCGACCCGGGGCAUUGUCUAGAAGUGACGAAGGUGAACGGAGUGAAGUCAGAGCCAGAGGAAGACAGUCCUGCGGCCAAACCGGACGUCGUGAGGGACUUGGCCUCCGCGCUACUCCAGGUUGCCCAGUCCAUACACCAGAAGUACCUGAAAAGGCCGUUAGGUCUUGAUGAAAAGGAGCGAAAGGACCGCGAAGCAAGAAACAAACCUCUUGACCUCGAAGCGCUGGAACGCUGGGAGGUCUCGCUCAUGGAGUGCCGAAGCUUCGCAGCACUAGUUCUGCACCUGCUAUCGCUGGACAGCAGCGUGAGCUGGGCGGCUAGUGUGCUGAACGCCAGCUGUCGCCUGUGCCGACGCCGCACCGACCCGGAUAACAUGCUGUUGUGUGACGGUUGCAACAAGGGACACCAUCUCUACUGUCUCAAGCCUAAGCUCGCGUUACAUAUGCGAAAUAAGAAAGUGCCAGAAGGCGAUUGGUUCUGCGAGCAGUGUAAACCGAAAGAAAAGACGCCACGCAAGCGGAGAAAACUGUACACUGAGGAGAAGCCAGAGGAGGAUAUGGACGACAGCGCGGAUUCAUUUGACGUGGAGGAAGCACUGUCUCUGUGCGGCGCGUGCGGCAGCGGAGGGCGACUCGCGGCGCAGUGCCGCGCGUGCGCCGCCCGGUUCCACGAAGAGUGUGCUGCGCCCAGGCAGAGGCUGUCUCGCCGGUUCCUGUGCGAGGCCUGCGCUAACCCCGCCAGAGAUCGUCGCCGGUGCGCAGCCACAGCCAUUUCCAACAUCCAGCAGUACGCGCGAGAGAUUAACAGUCGAAGCAUAUCUUCGGAUUCUGAAGACAGCGAGUACAACACAACGCUAGUGUCUUUAAAGGCUAAGAAAUCGAAAAGAAGCAAAGAACCCUCGCCGAUGCUGAACGGCACCGCUAAGAGGGGACGCAAGUCAAAAGAAGAGUUAAAUGGAAGCACAAGAAGAUCAAAAACACUGACAAAUGGAGUACACGAAGAAACCAGAACGGGCAAGAAGCGUGGAAGGAGAGACACGGCAGAGGAAGUUCUACACACGGAAGCUCUCACACAACUUCUACGGGAUGCCAUGAAACACAAGGAUAGCUGGCCCUUCAACGAGCCGGUUACCGUUGAAGAGGUCCCGGAUUACUUCGAUGUGAUCGACCAGCCGAUGGAUCUGACGACAGUCAAGACCAAGCUGGAAAGCUCGCAAUACGAUACGGACGCGGCUCUGCUGGCGGACGUAGCCCUCGUCUUUGCCAACUGUUACACCUACAAUAAGGACACGCAUCCUGUUGCCAAAGCGGGCGUGCGCCUAGAGAAGUACAUAAACAAACGCUGCUCAGAGCUCAACCUGCCUCCACUGCCGGACACCAGCGCGGAAGAAGAGCCGACGGAAGCUCAAGACCCAAGACCGAAGGGCAAGCGAUCCAAGCACGAUUGAUAUACGCUCGCACCUUCGCGGUAUAGCGACUACCUAUUAUACUGACACUAGGCUGAGAUCUAUAGAGCUUCAUUGUAGUGCCCGGCAGGAAAUAUUGUACAUCGAACUUUAGAAAGAGAUAACGGUUUCGUAGAGCGUUGUCUCUGUCGUCGAGACCGACGAAACGUCACAUAGGUAUGAGUGACAGAGACAAUGCUCUACGAAGCCGAAAUCUCUUUCUAAAGUUCGAUGUACAAUAUUUCUUGCUGUGCACUGUAUAGAGUUAUGCCAAACUAUACCAAGCCACACUGGCGAAUUUCGAGAAAUAACUUCACAGUAUAUAGUAAUAAAAGUCAUUUCUUGAAAAUGCUAUCUCAGACUUAAGUUUCAGUUAAAACUGGACGGAUUUAAUUAACAAUAAAUUGAUAAUGAAGUCCUCCCAACCGAAUUUCGGCCACGCCAGCUAAUCUCUGCGCAAAUUCUCUCUAUUCCCUCGUUCUCAUAGCCCGAUGUGACGGAAAUCCGACACAACCGGAGAGAAAUCAGGCACAAGACCGAUGGCUUUACGUGCUCUCCGAGACACGGGGGUGGAGCAGUUUUAACAGUGCCUUAAAUCUGAGCCAAGUCAAAGUGCGCUCUAUAAAUCUUAACCUAAACC